AUGUUUAUCUCUUACCAAAAAAUCUUUUUAUGUAUUUGUAUAUUUAUUUCAGUUUCUUUAAUAAAAAGUCAAGAAGGGAUCCCUCAUACUCUUGCUUUUUUUAGUUCCCCUCCACAAGGAUCAAAAGAAACUUUUAAAUACACAAAAAUCAAUUUAAAAGAUGGAAGUCUCAAUAAAACUUUGACAUCACAGAAUAAUUAUAAUAUUAUUAGUGUUACAGAUUAUGAUGGAGUAAAUUGGUACGAUUUCCUAUUUCAACAAAUUUAUAUAAAUUCCCAUCCAACUUUUGGACCUGGUUCAUUUUCAGACCUAGGAUAUGGAUUUGUUACUUUUUCAGAUUAUUAUGGAAAUGGAAUGGGUGUUUUUAAUUUUACUAAACAAUUUGUACCACAAUCCAAAGUAACUCUUGACCUCUAUCUCCCAGCAUGGAAUCACAACAAUUACAACCUUGACAUUCUUACUUUUGAUAAUUACGAUGCCAGUAUUGACCGAUUUUAUUAUAAUAAAACUGGAUUUGUGGUUGAUCCAAAGUAUACCAAUAGUUUGGUUGGUGCACUCGACCAAAAUACAGGACUAUACUAUGUUAACUACGUCACCGACAACACUCGAUCGAUUUUGGUUUUCAAUACACUGUCCACCGAUCAGCCAGUUAAACAAUAUAAAUUCACAGAGGAUGUAUCCUCUGGACUGUCAAGCCAAGUCUACCUUUUGUUCACAUCGAUCGGCAACAUUCUCUACAUGGUUGACACUGGCAAUCAAAUGAUUUCACUCAUUGCAAUCGAAUUGUCUGAUUCAGCGAUGACAGCACAAUCCAAGGUAGUUUACUCAACUUCCAAUGCGUUUGGAUCGCCAAGUGACGGUCUACCAUUUGCAUACACCGAGAAUACCGAUAGACACUUUAAUAAUAAUAUUAUAAUAAUUAUUUUAGUAUGUUUUUUAAUAGUUGGUGUGUUUUGUUCAAAAGAUCAUCAUAAAAAAGAUAAAGAUAAAAAUAAAAAUGAUCAUAAACAUAAAAAUGAUGAUGAUCAUAAACAAAAAAGUCACUCUGAUGAUCCAAAGAUAAAAAUAAAGUCAACAAACCAAUGUCAAAAAAAAGAACAUUUUAAAUUGAAAUUAAAACCGUUGCCAUAUCAAGAGUCACAUUACCACGAUGCCAAGAUAAGCGGUGAAGCAUGCUACACAAACAUAACAACUGCACAGACAGUUAGAGAGACCUUUAUCUUUGAGAGCGGUGCAAAAACGGAUCUGUCAUCGCGAUGGAUCAACCAGGAUGUCAAAGCUCAUAAAGUCGUUGUCUACCUCAAAGCUCAGAAUUCAAAUAAUAAUAAUAAUAAUAAUAACUACACAUUGAUAGAUGUACAAACACGAAUUGAAUUCAACACUAAAACAAACGUUUACAACGUAACCAUUACCUAUCCAACAACACCUUUAAUCAAAUAA